CCUGCUGAGCUCACUUCCGCCGGCUUGAGUCGGAUCACUAUUCUUUUACUGUCUCUCGCAGCUUUUGUUCUCCCAUUCCUAACCAGCCGCUGCUGCUGAGAAGAGGGAGCCAGCAGGUUGGGAAAUCACGAAGGUGCAAAGUAGCGGACCAGUCCGUCGCAGAAACGCCCGGUAGCCACAUGCAAAGCGCCGUCUGCACGGAGGAUACGCGGCGUUCCGUAGUUACAUAACUGGACUACUUUUUUCUAUUAUUGUUGGGGUUUUCACGCUUUCCCCCCCCUCGUUGUUGAACCGAAACUGACUCCUCAUCUCUAAACUCAAAAUGGAGAACGACGACAAAUACCUCCCCGAGCUCUUGGCGGAGAAGGACAGCCUGGACUCGUCGUUCACGCACGCCAUGAAACUUUUAAACGCAGAAAUUGAUAGAAUCCAGAAAGGCGAGACUAAAAAGGAGGCAGAAACAUACCUGGAUCUUUUCACAACAAAGAACAUCAAACUUAAGGAACGAGUGCUCAUACCUGUCAAACAGUACCCCAAGUUCAAUUUUGUGGGGAAGAUUUUGGGACCACAGGGCAAUACGAUCAAGCGUCUGCAGGAAGAGACUGGAGCCAAGAUCUCUGUGCUGGGCAAAGGAUCCAUGAGAGACAAAUCCAAGGAGGAGGGGCUGAGGAAAGGCGGCGAGCCGAAGUAUGCCCACUUGUCUAUGGAGCUGCACGUAUUCAUCGAGGUGUUUGCCCCCGUGCCAGAUGCUUACCUGCGCAUGGCACACGCCAUGGAGGAGGUCAAGAAGUUCCUGUUCCCCGAUAUGAUGGAUGAUAUCUGCCAAGAGCAGUUCAUGGAGAUGAGCUACCUGAACGGAGGCCAGGAGCACGGAGGCCGAGUCCGAGGGGGCAUGCCAGUCAGGGGCCGUGGAGUCCCCCCUGCUGGGGCACACAGGGGUAGAGGAAUGCCCCCUCGCGGCGCCGCCACCAGGGGAGGUGUGACUCGAGGCGGCCCAGCCAGAGGUGGCGCAGUGAGGGGCGCCCCAACAGGCCGAGGAGGACCUCCUGCAGCACCCGCCAGGGGAGCCGUGGCACCCCGUGCCAGGCCCCCGGCCGGCGGACCCCCCCAGAGGAUGGCACCUCCACCCUCCCACCAGCACACCCCUGUUGCUGCAGCUGAGAGCUACGAGGAAUAUGGCUACGAUGAGAGCUACACAGACACGGCCUACGAGUCAUACGACAGCUAUUACAGUCAGCCGCAGGCAGAGCCAGAAUACUACGACUACGGACACGGAGAGACCACAGAGUCGUACGAGUCCUAUGGCCAGGAUGACUGGAAUGGGACCCAGCGAACGGUUCCAGGGAAGGCCCUUCCCCCCUCCAGAGGUGCCAAGACGCCUUAUCGGGAGCACCCAUACCGACAGUACUGAAGCGGACUCACCACCCUUAACAUGUCGCCUGUCUACCACGGCAGCUCUCGCUUUAAGCAGCCCGACAAAAGUAAUUGUCCGUUUUGUCUUUGGUUUGGUCUUUUCCUACUCUGGACUUUAUACGAGAGCAAAUUGGGAACUGAAAAUCGGACCUGGUUUUUGAGAUUUGACCGCGAACUCCCUCCCCCUCCCCUACUUUGUCGCACCACCUAACCAACCAGCCACCAAUCCUUCCAACCAAAGCGGCUUUUAGAUGGGUUAGAGAGGAGAAGUUGGCGUCCUUUUUUUGUUCUUUUUCAUUUGAGUUUUUUGUUUAUUUUGCUGUGUUUUUUUUCUCUGACCCUUUUUACCCCCCUCUGGCUUUUUUGCAUUGUUGAUCGUUAAUUUUUUAACUGUUUGGGAGUAGUCAUUUCUAGUGGAAUUAGUGGCUCAUUAUCCACUUGUCUAAGGAAUCAUUUUAAUUGUUUUUAAAUACAAAGAAUCUGUCGAGGGUCAGUUGCAGAUUCCCAUUUAGGCUACAUUUCAAAAUUCUGUUAAUAUAGCCAAAUAAAAGACCUUUUAAACUUUCAAUUAUGUAAUAUAAAAACCAAAAAAAAAAUCUUAAAUUAAGUGAAGGUUAAAGAAUCAAUGUUAAUGGAAUCAGUACAAUUCAUUCUUGAUGAUGGUUGUUUUUAAAUAGUUCUAAAACGUUGUCCAUUUAGACUUAGGCAGCAAUAUUUGUCAUUGUACUUAGAGUUUUGAAAUAUAGCCCUAAUAGACACUGUUGAGAUGGACUGUCCUCAUAUCCUCAAUUUGUUUUACAUGUUAAAAAUCAAUUUUAAGACUCUGAAGACAAAAUCUUUAUUUAAUGAGAACAUGGCCGAGAGAUGGCCUCCUGUUAUGCUAAAAACGGUUCAGGUCUUCAUUUUGUGAUCUGAUUCUCUAUAAACUGCAUGCACAAAGUACACAAAGAAGGAUUGGGACAAAAAUCUCCACAUGGGUCUUCUCUUUCUACAGAGAAGGGAUCCUGCAGCUCAAUCCGAACUCUUGUACAUAUUUUAAAACAUCCUAACUGUACUUAUUCUGCCACUAGUAUCUGUACCCUCUCCAUAAAAUGCAUUAUGCUACAUGUGUAAGCUUGCCUAAAUAGGUUACUAAAUCUGUCCAAAAGAUGUUUUGCAGCAGUUUGUCAAUAAAGCUUAGUUUGUUUUCUAUGAAA